GGUUAAAAAAAAAAAUCCUUAAAUCAAGUGUACAUAAGCUCCAGCCGGUCUGCUUACGGAACAUGGUCGGGUCACUAGUUUCAGAAGAAGCUAAGUACACGAUAGGAUAUACACCCAGUUUGACGUGAUGUAAAAGAAAAGCACCCUAAAACAUGUUAGAUCAAGAAUCAAAGAUGGAUUAAAGCAAUUGUAAAAAUAUUUGAGUGGGUGUAGAGUGUGUAGUAGUGGGUGUAGAGUGUGUAGUAGUGGGUGUUCUCAGCCUCAGGAGGAAGUAGCGACGCCGUGCAGACGAAACACUUUUGUUUAUAUGAGUGAUAAGACACACUAACGCCUACGAUAUUUUUACACCAAAUACCUAGUUUUUUAAAGAAUACUGGGCAUGCACUGGCUCCUGAAUAGAGUGGAACCAUCUCCUGUGUGGUCAAGUCUGGCCUUGAAUGAGCUCACACUCGGUGCCGUCACAGCGCUCUCUGGCAGAUUGUUCAUAAUUUUCGCUCCAAAAAAAUUUACCCUCACAGUUUUCUGGACUUAAGGCUUCUUCAAUCUUGAGCCUUGACCACUUGUGGAGAGAACGUCCUCCAGCUUCAGGUGUAACAUAACGAAAAAUGGAAGACAUAGAAGAUUUAGUACGUGAAGAUGCUGAUAUCGUAGCUCCCCGCUCACGUAACUCAGUGAUGCCAAGAGUAAGGCGACGAAAGAUAACUCCUACUGAAGAGGUGAGGGAGGAGCCUGUAUGUUCCAGCAUCAUCCCGGGGACCCAGAAAGUCUACCUUAAGACGUGGGGCUGUGCACACAACAGCUCAGACAGCGAGUACAUGGCUGGCCAGCUGGCAGCUUAUGGAUACAGAAUUGUUGAUGAAAAGUUAGAAGCUGAUGUUUGGUUACUGAACAGCUGUACAGUGAAGAAUCCAGCCGAGGACCACUUUCGUAAUGAGAUAAAAGCAGGAAGAGAAGCUGGCAAAAAGGUGGUCGUAGCGGGAUGUGUUCCUCAGGCUGCCCCACGUUCUGAAUUUAUUCAAGGUCUGAGCAUCGUAGGAGUACAACAAAUUGAUCGUGUUGUAGAAGUAGUGGAAGAGACCUUGAAGGGUAAUUCUGUAAGACUGCUUGGUCAGAAGAAGGAGUCUGGCAAGAAACAGGGAGGAGCUUCACUUCUAUUACCUAAAGUGAGAAGAAAUCCACUUAUUGAAAUUAUAUCCAUCAACACCGGGUGCCUGAAUCAGUGCUCUUAUUGUAAAACAAAACAUGCACGUGGCCAACUGGGGUCAUACUCAAUAGAGGAGGUAGUGGCUAGAGCUAAGCAGUCAUUUAGUGAAGGUGUAUGUGAAGUGUGGCUCACUUCAGAGGACACAGGAGCAUAUGGACAAGAUAUUGGAGUCUCACUACCUGAGCUGCUCUGGCAACUUGUGGAAGUCAUACCUGAAGGCUGUAGGUUAAGAUUGGGUAUGACAAACCCACCUUAUAUUUUGGAUCACUUAGAGGAAAUAGCCAAGAUUAUGCAGCAUCCUCGUGUCUAUGCCUUUUUACACGUACCCGUCCAGUCUGGGAAUGAUGGUGUUUUAGGAGACAUGAAGAGAGAAUACACAAUUGCUGAUUUUUGUAGAGUUGUUAACUUCUUGAGGGGAAGGGUGCCAGGUAUCACAGUGGCCACAGAUAUUAUCUGUGGCUUUCCAACAGAAACUGAAGAAGAUUUUCAAGAUACAAUCAAACUGUGUAGCAAGUACAAAUUCCCAUCACUUUUCAUUAACCAGUUCUACCCUCGACCAGGUACUCCUGCAGCAAAAAUGCAAAGAGUACCAACGAAAGAGGUGAAAAAUCGCACAAGACGAUUAACAGAAGUGUUUCAGUCCUACCGUCCUUAUGAUCAUAAAUUAGGGGAAAAACAGACAGUUCUAGUCACUGAGGAGGCUCAUGACAAGGAACAUUGGGUUGGACACAAUAAAUUUUAUGAACAGGUGCUGGUCCCCAAAAAUGAAGAUUUUUUGGGAAAAUUAGUUGAAGUGGAGAUUAUUGAAACGGGGAAGCACUACAUGCGUGGACGACCUGUUGAAAUGUCUAAACCCAUCUCCCCAGCCAUGACUGAUUCCCUGCCCAAGGGUGAAGUCUCUGGUUUACUGAACACUCAAGAUAUAAUAGAACCCAGUAAGAGAAACCAACUGAAGGAAGAUUUGGCCAAGCAGGAGCGAUACAUUAUUCUAAGCUUUAUAUUGCUCAUAUCGGCCCUCUUAGUCAAACUUGCGUGGGUGUGUUUUAAAAUGUUGAAUGAAAAUAUGAUUGAUUAAAGUUUUGUAAUUUUG